AUGGCCAAAUCUACCCGCUCAAAAGUUAAGCGCGCCCACCGGGCCAAGAAGCGCGAAGACAGCGUCUACGCCGCGGUCGAAGCCGCCCGGCUGCAGCGUCUGAACGCAAAACUGGUCGGGUUGACUACACAGGAUCCGCCGACAGAGGUAGUCUCUGAGGAUGAGGAAGGGGACGAUGAGAAGAUGCAGGAUGAUGCACCUGAAGCCGGAACGUCAAAGGCUGCAACCACUGCUUCUGGAACAGAAACUAUGGACAUUGAUGCCGCACAAACAAAGAAGAUUUCCACGCAUGGGCCUCGUAAUUCUCGUCGAGAACAGUGGCGGUUAUCGAAGGGCAUGGCACCCCGACCAAAAGCACGAGGCAUGAAUCGACAGGGAGGAAUUGCGUCCAAGACGAAGCCGGGCCGCUCUAAGAGGAGGAGAUGA